CACGGAAAGCAGGGCUCAUGAGCUCAAGCGCGGACUUUCGGUACUCAAAGGGCGGCUCAGCCCGAUCCAUCGACCCGACAGUUCGGUACCACUCAUGUUGGUUGGUGAACCGGCUAAAUGGACUCGGCGAUAGAACAAAUUUUCAAUCAAGUCUUCUGCAAUAAUGCGGCGCGGAUGCAGAAAUGCCUGGUGUUUAAAUGGGGCAGGGUAAAAUGGUUGGACGAGCGGGGUUCAUUCGUACGACGUUACACACCUAUUGUGUGUUUUGGGAGUAGGUUAGGCGAUCGCGAGUAAUUUUGUAUGGGUUUUCGAACCGUUUGAAUGGGUUUUAUGCGUUGGCAUGGGGGUUGGCGGUGUUGGAAAGGUUAAAAGAGGGGGAAUGAAAUGCAAUCGCCGAGAUUUUGCGAAGGAAUGUUAAUAAAUAGAGGGGGCUAUAAAGAUGGGUGUUAUUUCCAUCAUUCGUUUUGACUGAUUUUUUUGCUUUUUCUAGUCCGCUCUGCUGCUUUCAAUGCUGGUCUUCUAACGCAAUAUCGAGGCGUACUUGAGCGAGAAGAAAGCCUCCCUCAUCUACCUCAUUUCCGAUUGUCUAUGAUCUAGCGGGGUAGAUACACUCGGAUUCAGCGUUAUCUAUUUUAUCAAUGUUACACCAACCGUUACAAUAAGCUUAUUUAACUGUUUGAUUCUUCCGUUACAUUGUACCGAAGCCACGCCUCUGUGUAUGUUGUUUAUAUAACAGUUGUACGAAUCUUAUCAGAUUGUUGGCUAAGCUUCCAUGACGCCUUCUUCUCCUGUGCUUAUCCCCGUCAUUUUUUACCGAGUUGGUGGCGUUGAUUAGAGUGGUGGAAGAAAAAGCUUGAUUACUUCUUAUAUAUCUUGUUUUUGUUGCUUCCUUGCUUGCUUGUCAAUUGUCUAAUUGAUGAGUCGGAGAGGUUAUAUCCAUGUCUUCUAUUAGAAGUUCAACUUUUGGAUUGCAAAUAUCUGAAACAAUGAGAUGUGCCGGACAAGCAGCAAAAAGUCGGAGAGAGAAGAAAUCCCAAAAGAGAAAUAACAUGGCGAAAAUUCGAUCGAGAUUGGGGAGGGUGUUUGGGAGGGUGUGGGAAUUUUGGCAUGAUUUCAAAAAGUGGAGAAGAGAUGCUGAAGAAGCGAGACAAAGACGAGCGGAUAGAUACGAUAACCAUAUGGUGAAUCCUGAUGAUAUAUGGUGAUACUUGGACGAAAACUCAUCUGCAGUCUAGAAUGGCUUCACAUGAGACGAGAAAGAGUUACGCACUGCACCAUAGAACUCGAGGUGGCAUGUGAUGCCCUAAGCCCAACAGCCGGAUCGACAUUUAUAGAGCAUGGCCAGAUCCUCAUAUUCUGAUAUUCUAUGGCCUGGGUUGCGGCCCUCGUAUGAGAUACCUCGUCCAUGCCAUUGCUUGUUAGUAUUCGAGAGACAGCAGGAUUGUGUACCGUCGGUAUCAGCACUUCUAAGACAAAGAGACAAACUUGUUUAUUGAGAACCUUCUCAACGUGUAAUGCUAUUCCGGGGUACACGAGCAGGCCUGAGAACAAAGUAUUGCCGCGUCAGAAGCCUUGCUAUUACCAACUACGGAGUACUACCCUCUCCAUACACUUGUCUGGAGAGAAUUCGGCUAUUGAGGUUCUCUAGAUAUCAAAUCUGGAGAAGUACUGUUUGGUUUGGUUUGCAGAUAAAUCCGAGGGAAAUGAGGAGGAAAAUCGUUUUAAAGUUUAAGACAAAGCUUCUUGCAUGCGGUUUUUGCAAUGGAAAAUGGAAAUAGAAUGGCUUGAUUCGGUUAAAUUGAUAGAUAUGUAUAACGUGGACAAUAUCAGUGGAGAAAGGGACCUGAUCAAUGUCAGCGAAAAUCUUCUACGAUCGUCUCGCUCUGAUAUGGCGACGGUGGGUGCAUGGACUUAUGAACGUUGAAGAGGUUUAGCUGAAUGGUACAUACUGAUUACAUAGCUAGUUUCUUGCACAAU